AUGUUAUCAACUCCUUUAGCCAAGUCGAAUCCUAGGAAUCGAAUUCCGUUGAGAACAGCAGUGACGGCGCAUGGUAAGUUCCAUCCACGAAUAUAUUCAACAAAAGUGGUGAAAUCGAAUGGAAGAACGGCGAAUCCAAUUCCUCCGACGAGAAGAGUACCAGCCAUAACACAUCCACUGAUUCUGUGGAAUCCAGAAAGCAUCCAGAUGACGUUUGAAAUCCCUCGAAUCGAAGAUGAGUUCACUCCUUGGUUGAAUAUUCUUGUAGAACAUGGAUUCAAAAACAAACCGUUUAUUCUCGGCGAAACUUUCAGUAGUUCUUGGUUAGCUAGAAAAGAGUGGGUCCUCCCAGAUGGUCAACCAAACAAGGAAUAUCUUAAACAAGCAUAUGGAAAUUCUCUAGUACCCAUUCUAAUGAAUGGAUCUGAUUAUAAAUCAACAACUCUAACAGAAUUCCUUGAAAACAUGAGAGAUCCGAAAGUAUACCUCAAAGAUUGGCACUUUCAAAAUCAAUUCGGAACUUCCGUGUAUAAACUUCAUCCGUUUUUUUCUCGAGAUUUCGUGAACUGCGAGAAAUGGACAACCGAAAAAAGCAAGAAUCCAUUCGGCGAUGACUACAGAUUUGUUUAUAUUGGAGCUGCAGAAUCUUGGACUAAGUUUCAUGCAGAUGUCGUUUCUUCCUACAGUUGGUCUGCUAAUAUCUGCGGAAGAAAGAAGUGGUUCAUGAUGCCACCGGGAAAAGAACAUUUUUUCAAAUGCAAUUUCUCGGAAUCGGGUUUUGUUGAGGAUAUUCGCGAUUUUCCAAAUUUAUUUGAACAAGCUGAAGUAGUUACAUUCAUCCAAGAACCAGGAGAAAUCGUAUUUGUUCCUUCCAAUUGGUAUCAUCAAGUUCACAAUUUGGCUGACACGAUUUCUAUCAAUCACAAUUGGAUGAACAGUACAAAUCUCCACAUAGUUCACAAAUUCUUGAACCAAAGAAAACAUGAUGUCAAGCAUGAACUUCGCGACUGUCUUGACUCGUUUCAGAAGAAUGAAUUUGACGAGAAAGUGGAGGAACUUCUAUUCAUCGAUGCUAGACUCAACAUCUCAAAAUUUCUUCAACUAUGUGAACUGGUUAAGGAAUCGAGAUCCAAAAGUCAACAUGAAUAUUUAUGUAAAGUUCAUAGCUCAGACAUGUGCGUUCGAAAUUAG